AUGUCUCCAUCAAUAUUUCACCCCUUCACCCACCUCCCCCCAGAGCUCCAAGACCUCAUCUGGCAGCACAGUAUGCCUGUUACCACCACAUUGCACAUCCGCGAAGGUGCCGAUUUGGACAUAACAUCCAUUUCCCCUCCACCAGCACAAGCACUCGCUUCCAAAGCCUCACGCGCCGUCUACCUCUCCCAAUGCUACGCGUCCUACAGCAUCUACACGACAGAAGACUGGGCCCAAAUCGCCGUGAACGACAAGAGCACGAUCCAGCUCGUUAUCACGCCGGCGGAAAAUCCCAAGGCGAAUUUGAACAUCACUUGGACGGAGCUGCAGGUUGUACUUCACGAUGCGCUGCCGGUGGUGCAGAGACUGCACAUAGUCUGCAGUAAGCCGGAACGAUUGGUCCGGCUGUGGAUGGCGCCGGAGGCUGGGCUCGUGGGGCUGGGGAAGAGUCAUUGGGAUGAGGAAGUGUUUGGGAGGGAGGGUGUGGUUUCGGAUCGCGAUUAUCAAUUGGAGGUUGGGAGUGGGGAGGUGGUUGAAGAGAGAGGAUUGGUGGAGGAACGGGUUGUGGAGGGGUUUGGUGUCGAGGCUAGGUUUAGCUCGACCAAAGUCCUUUACGCUGGACUGUGA